AUGGCUUCCAACUCGACAUCAGGGCCGACCGUACACUACAACGUGUACAUAAUUUAUUUCAAUCAAGCCACUGGUCCAUCUCAUGAAGGAAUUGCCCUUGUACCAUCACAAUUCCCAAACCAGACGGCUGGUCGGUUCUACCAUGUUAAAGGCACUGUGGGUAUGGGAAUGGAUUAUGAGUGUCGACCCGGAUACAACUUUGGUGCUAGUCGAUCGUACCAGAAGUCAUCUUAUCAGUUCCAAAUCCCAAAGUCUCGACUCGCAGACUUCGAACGAAUCGCCCAAAGCCGACCUCCUCCUCAUGAUCCCCGUGCGCUCACUGAGCGCAACCCGAACCCUCCAGUUAGAGACUGUGCGGAGUGGGUGGUCGAAGUUUUAAAUGAAACCAAAACCGCUCUUCAAGGCAGUAGCACGAACGCCUAA